CACCACCAAAAAGAACUCUUAUGGCUACUUCUGUCAGCUACUCCAUUUUGUUCAUCCUCGUUCUCAUCAGAACUAGCCAUGCCCAGACCGGCCUAGUCCUCCCCCUCCGGAGGGAUGCCAAGACGUCCCAAUUCUACGCAACGUUCCAAAUGGGCAGCGAACGCGCCACCAUCAACGCGGUCAUCCACCUCAGCGGCCAACACCUCUGGAUCGCCUGCGACAACUACACUUCCACCACGUACGCCCCCAUCCCCUGCGACUCGGCCGAGUGCGAGGCCGCAAAGGGGUCCGGCUGCAGCGGGUGCAACGGCCCGGCCCGGCCCGGCUGCAGCAACAACACGUGCGGCACGGCCUCCUCCAACCCCUUCCUCCCCUACAUCACCUCCUACGGCCUGUACGAGGACACCCUCUCCUCCAAGAGCCACGUCCAGCUCCCGGAAUUUAUCUUCUCCUGCGUCCCCAACGACUUCGUGGAAGGCCUCGCCGCCCCCGCCUCCGGCAUGGUCGGCCUCAGCCGCUUCGACAUCGCCUUCCAUAAAGUGGUCGCCGAGAAGAUGAAAGUCCCCGACCGCUUCUCGAUCUGCCCGCCGUCGUCCGGGAUCGGGAAACUGACCGUCGGAGGCGGAGCGCCGGCGAAAUCCGACAUCUCCGGUUUUGUCAAAACGACGCCGUUGAUCGUGAACAAGCCGGUGAGCAAUCAGCCGUUUUUCUCUGACAACGACCUCUCGCGGGAGUAUUUCAUCGACGUGAGGUCGAUCAGGGUGGCCGGAGAGGCGGUGGAGGUGAAGGAGUCGUAUUUCCACAUCAACGGGGAUCGCGUGGGCGGGACGAAGAUCAGCAGCUUGCAGAACUACACGGCAUUGCACACGUCGAUCUACAAGCCGCUGGCCAGGGCGUUCGAGAAGGCGGCGUCGGAUAUGAGGAUCAAGAGCGCGGCGGCGGUGGCGCCGUUCAGGGCGUGCUUCAGAUCGGAGACGCUGAAGAGGACGGGUGCGGGGCCGGAGGUGCCGGCGAUCGAUCUGGUUCUGCCCGGGGAGGAUGUGUACUGGAGGAUUGCGGGGGCGAAUGCGGUGGUGGAGGUUGAUCGGAAGACGGUGUGCCUGGCGUUCGUGGAUGCGGGGUCGAGGCCGACGACGUCGGUGGUGAUCGGAGCGCAUCAGUUGGAGGAGAAUUACUUGGAAUUUGAUGUGGCGGCUUCGCAGCUUCGGUUUACUUCUUCGCUUUUGGUUCAUAACAAGAGCUGCUCCCGCAUUUAGAUAACUGCUUCAUUUUACUAUGUUUUAUUUAUGUUUGUUUUAUGUGUGUAUUACACAGUGCCUAUGGUGUCAAAUUUAAUAUAAGUAUUUCUACAUAUAUAGAUAUGGGAUAUGGGAAUAAAAGUUUAUAUAGCCGAUGAGUUUGGUUUCAUUUUAUUUUCA